UGUUAUUAAAAAAAAUUUUUGAAAAUUCGUACAACUCGUCUUUUCAUUAACACGUAUCCUUAAAAGCUAUUUCUACUGAUAAUGAGAAAUGGCACUUUUUAUAGUACAUUUAAUUCCCUUUCUUUUAAUUUUGAACUUAGUCAAUUCAAUAAAGUUAUUGCAACCUAAAAUCUUGGUUCAAGAAGGGGGCAGUUAUUUUCAGAUGGUAACCGAUACAAACUUGGCAAUUUCUAGUUGUACUGCAAUUUUCAAGCAAAAUAACAGCAAUGUGAUGAUUUCGUUGGAUUUCCACAAUAAAAACGUCAGUUUUAGCGAUAACUUUAUGGAUUCAUUUAAUUUUAAAGAUCGCAUUCAAAGCUUAGGAUUUGGAAGAUGUGGUUUUAAGGUAGAUAAUUCAACUUUUAACGAUCCGGUAAAGUGGAUUAUUGUUGUUGCAAACGCUGUACCAGAAAAAACAUAUAAUUCUUCAUUUUCUGUUGGUGUAUACAGCAAAAAACAAACUGCACCAUUACGAUCGGUGAAAUCAGUGCAUUUAGGAACGACAACAACGAUGCUAUGUGGAAUCGAAUAUACUCCUCGUCUUUAUUGCAACUUAUACAAUCCCCAGGGUGAGCUCGUUUCAAACGAUUGUACUUAUACUUUUGCACCAACUGCUGAAGAUAUUGGAACAUGGAUAUGUAAAGUCGGUGUUGUUCAAUCUAUCGAGGCUUUAAAAUAUACCAUAGAACUGAAAAUUGAAGGAAAAUCAACCUCACAUAAUUGGUUAGAUGAAACGGAUGAAUACGUUUCUUUCGGUUGUAGAAUAAAAAAUUGGAAACGCUAUGAACCACCGAGUUAUUGCACGAUGACAUCACCAAGCGGCGAAAAAUUUCUUUUAUGGCCAGGACACGCAACGUCAAGAUAUACAUCCGUUUACACCGAUUUAAAAGAAAAUAUUUGCGGGUUGGAAAUCAAAAAACCUUUGUUGGACUCAGAAAAAGGUCCAUGGACUUGUGAAAUUGAGAAUAGAGGAAAUAUUAUUUUUGUUGGAAACGAAUCUGAUUAUAAUCUUCGAAACGUUUCAUUUAAACCCAUUAUAAUAAAACCUCGUCAAAAAUUCUUGUUCAGUUGUAAAGUACCAGAGUCAUAUUCUAAAUGUUUUAUUCUUGACCCAAAAGGCAACCUAUUACUACCAGAUGUAAUUAGUAGAGCUGAACUUGGAGAAUGCGCUUUAAUAGUUCAUGAUCCACAUUCUGAAUUUCACAAUGGAACAUGGACUUGCUAUUUUAUUAAGGACAGCCAAUUAGAUGCAUAUAAACAACAACGAGAUGUCAUAGUAAUUACAAAAAACUGUACCUACACUGUAUUGGUUGAUGAUGAUUCUGAUGAAGCUUCCAUGGGGUGUAGCACUACGAGAAACCCUGUUGACUAUUGUUGGUUUAUUUCACCUAAAGGGAGAGUUUAUAAUCUUAAAUCGGGCUAUAACAACUCAGAAAUCUCAUACGUUGGUAAAGGUUUAGAAGAUGGUGAUUGUGGAUUAAAAAUACAUAAGAUGCAACCAGACGAUGUUAGGGUUUGGAAUUCUAUUACUUUACACGAUGAUGAAACACAACGUAGACAACAUUCAGUUCACAGGAAGAGAGGAAAGAAACUAUAAUAUAGUUAUAAUUAUUAUUUUUGCGGAUAAAAUAAAAUUACUGCAUUAACAGCAAUAAACACAUUUCUUCUUCAAUGUC